CGCACGCGCGCCGGCCAAGCGCGUCGCGCCGGAGUGACGCGCCGGAAGCGGCGCCCGGGACUUCCGGCGCGCGGCGUUUCGGUUCCGGCUUUCGUUUCCGGCUUUCGGUUCCGGCUCUCCCGGCGCGCGGAGGCGGCGGCCCAGGCGCGGCCAUGGACAAGCUGCGGCGGGUCCUGAGCGGCCAGGACGACGAGGAGCAGGGGCUGACGUCGCAGAGCCUGGACGCCUCGUCCCUCAGCUUCAGCACCAGGCUCAAGUGGUUCGCCAUCUGCUUCGUCAGCGGCAUCUUCUUCUCCAUCCUCGGAACCGGCCUGCUGUGGCUGCCCAAGGGCAUGAGGCUCUUCGCGGUGUUUUACACCUUUGGGAACAUUGCGGCGCUGGCCAGCACCUGCUUCUUGAUGGGGCCCGUGAAGCAGCUGAAGAAGAUGUUUGACACCACGCGGCUGCUGGCGACCGUCCUCAUGCUCCUGUGCCUGGUGCUGACCCUCUGCGCCGCUCUCUGGUGGGAGAAGAAGGGCCUGGCCUUGCUCUUCUGCCUCUUGCAGUUCCUGUCCAUGACCUGGUACAGCCUGUCCUACAUCCCGUACGCCAGGGACGCCGUGAUCAAGUGCUGCUCUUCUCUCCUGGGCUGAGGACCAGCCACUCCCGAGGACCCCCGGAGGUCGCUGCCUGGCUUCCGGGACACGCUGUCCUGCUCGGAUGCCUCCCGAGGCGCCGCUGACCCCGGGGCCUGGGGAGGGGCCCCCACGGCCCCUGAUCGUUGCCAGUGUCUGUGAUUAUGGCCAGUUGGACCUGUCCAGGUGUCCGAGAUGUGGCCAUCUCGGGAGAAACCUAGGCAGCAAGGUAGAAUCAGUCUUUCGGCUCUUUCCAAUGUAUGUUUUUUUAAGCUUUUGUAAAACCACUUCUUAACUGUGAAAGUUUUUACUUUAAGCUAAAGAUUGCUUAUUAUAUGUAAUAAAUAAUAUAUGAAUUUUUUGCAAUGUUGAAGUAAA